AUGGCUGCGGGACUCUUCUCCGCCGCGCGCAGACUCUUCAAAGGCAACCAAAAGGCUGACAUUGACAGCGCCAACUUCAAGUUUCUGGUGGUCAUCUUGUACAAUCUCGUUGAUGGCCCUAUAAGGUGCGAAGGAUACAGCGUCGGAUUCAGCGAAAACACCCUCAGUGAUUACUGUUGGACUCAGAACUCUUUCACUAUGCGUGUAGAUCAUCGUAGAUUAGAGAGUGGAGCCUCGCACCCUGGCUUCAGAAGCGACGAAGCAGAAACGGUUAUUUAUCACGCUCAUUCCCAGUGGAUACCGUUUGUACUGUUCUUGCAGGGACUGGUCUUUUACAUUCCCCAUUGGCUCUGGAAGAGAUGCGAAGGGGGACGGCUCCGCUCACUCUCCGUCGGCCUCUCCGCCCCCUUCAUGGACAAGGAGCUGCGCCUCGGGAAGAUCCAGAGCCUCGCCAGGUACCUCCACACCUCGCUCCACCAGCACAGCACAUACGCUGUCUGCUAUUUUGUUUGUGAAACGCUGAACUUGGUCGUCUGUUUCUUCAACUUGUGGUUCAUGGACAUGUUUCUCGGCGGAGCGUUUUCCACCCACGGUUUAAGUGUCAUGGACCUCAUUCGGGACACCGAAGGUGCGAGGGAAGCAACCAGCAUGGUUUUUCCAAGAAUGGCUAAGUGCUUAUUUUACAAGUUUGGCUCUUCGGGCGUCAUAGAGACACACGAUCUUCUGUGUGUUCUGAGCCACAGCUCCAUGCAUCUAAAGAUGUUCGCGUUCCUAUGGUUAUACUUCGUCAUUCUCUCUUGUCUGGGCGCAGCAAUGCUGAUUUGGUGUCUGUUGGUUACCUUUUCUUCUUCCAUUAGGUCCUACCUUCUGCGGAAACAGGGGAAUCUAUCCAUUGACACUGACGCCCUAGUGACGAAACUCGGGACUGGGGACUUCUUCCUCGUGUAUCUUCUCAGUAAAAACGUGGAAUUCCAUGCCUUCAGUAUCCUGAUGGAGGAGUUAUCUGGGAGACUUACGGGCGAAAAGGUACCGAGGAUUUAUCCAGGCCUAGACGAUAAGGACACGGACAUCACUCCGGUUUGAUAUUCUGCAACAGGAAAUUCAUGUAUAGAAUAUUCUGCAACAGGAAAUUCAUGUAUAGAUACAUGCAUAUGCACAUUUCUUGAUACAGGAAAGUCUUCGGAUUGCUGAUUGCUCUCCUUUUAUAUCCAGGAGUAAUUUAAGCUAAGCUUUGUUGGUUCAGAUGUACACACAUCCUUCUUACGACUUGUAAGUGAAUCUCUGUCCCGGGGAAGGUAUGACUCUUGGAAUACAGCCAAAGUGGAUGACUGCUGGAUGGAUGGCCGUGUGAAUCCUAGCCUUCUGCUCAGAGAAAUGCCUUUGACAACCCCCCCCCCCCUUUUGCGAGAAGCUGUUCCUAGGUAAUCAUAAAUAAUCAUAACAAUUUGGGAGAGAAGACACCAGCAUGUAUUCCUUGUUCAAUAGUUGGCCUAUUUUCUAGUACUACAAAGAAAGUAUUUGAAGAUUUUUUUUUUUUUUUUUUGUAAGAUUUUCCUCUAUAUAUUUUUCUCUCUCUUUGAAACGCAAUGACUGAUAUGGCAGUGACCAUUAUUGUUUGGUAUAAUUUCCUCUACAGUAUAAAUGAACCGAAGGCUCUUAGUAACCUGUUCUCGGGGAAGAGUCGGACAGAGUAUGUAUCUAAUAAAGAUUGAAUUUCGACCAUCUUAUGAGAAAAUAAUAUAUUUCUUUUAUUUUGACACGAAAGCUCAGGAUCUGAGAGAAUUGCAAUAUUUUUGAGUGACAUCAAGAGAUGUCAUUGACUUAAUGUGCUGUGUGACUCAUUAUAUUAAAUGAUAAUAAAGAAUGAUUAUCCA